AUGUCGCAGACGGCCUCCUCGAGUCAAAGUAGAUACGAGAAGCAUUUGAUGCGCCAGCGAGGUGCUGGUCCACGGAACAUUACAGCCAACUUCGGCUUCUCCUUCGAAUUCCCGGCCUCGUCCAUCAUACCUCAAGAUAAGUCUGCACCGAUCGACCCACCAGCCAAACGACGGAAGACUGAUGUCGAGCAUGUCGCCGCCAAGCAGCUCUUGCCAGUACGGCCUGAGCUACCCAAGGUCCAGUCCGAGCCGGUGCAACCAGUAUCCGUGCCAGAGGUUCCGAAGACAUCAAGCAAAACACCCAGGCGCAACGCAGUCAAGGCUCCACUUGUGUCUACGGUCGACGAUGAUAGCUUUAUUGCUGUCAGAAAGCCUAGACGGACACGGGCGACUAAGGGCGACUCGGUGGCGAAAGCACAGAUCAGUGUGUCGGCUGUCGAGGAUAUAGCGGAUGUGCUGGACGAGGAGAUCCUACUGGUCAAGCGUAAGACGAAGGCGAGGAGGUCGACGAAGAAACAGGCCAACGAACCGACUUUGGCAGCGGUAGGUGGUCAGGACAAGGAGCAGACUCAGCCGAAGUCAACGAAGCGGGGUCAAAAGAAAGUGUUGGAAGAGGUGGCAGAUUCAGACAAUGUCGACAAUGACGAGGAAGAUGUGGACUUCAAGCCUGCGAAGCGGAAAGCCGCCUCAAAGCAAACGAAGAAAGCUCUGGUAGAUCUUGCUUCGCCUCCACCACCGCCAGCUGCGAAAGAUAGAAGAUGUGGAGGCAAGGCUGUGAUUAAGCCAAAUGACGACAAGGACCUCUACGAUGUCCUGAAGUCGGCCACAGCGCAUCAAUCUGAACCAGUACAGCAGCGAAGCCCAGUGCGCAGGCCGCUUGUGGAGACGGACGCUAAUAUCCUCCGCCCCUCCGUCUCGCCUAAGAAGGGAGAGAAACGUGCUGCCGGCGACGAUGACUUUGUACCGAAACCACUUAAGCGGAAGCGACAGGUUGCUGCUGCUACGAGGGGAGUAGCGACUAAAGCUGCACCGAAGAGUAGCACGAUUAACACCAAGAUCGAGACCGCGGUCAACGUGAGGGGCGAUAGUCGUGAGUACGAACUUCUGGCUGUCGUAAAGCAUGAGAUUGACGACCUGGAGGACGAAUUGAGCUUUGGAGACAAGAUCUCGACCAGCAAUCCUCGCCCAACCGCCUCCAAGCCAUCAGAUGAAAAUGACACCCCACUCUCGCCUCCUGAAGCGGAUGACAAUUCUCCUAAGCCGAGAGCAAAAGCUCAAGCCCAAUCCAGCAACGUACCAACCAAGUCCUCGAGGAUGAAGAAGAAGCAGCAGCUCACGACCACGAACUCGGCACAAGAACCCCUCGCCCCCAAGUCACUACCAAAGCCCAUCCCGACCGCCUUUUCCCGUCAAAAGUAUACUGCUCUCCCGCCGACCCAGAAGACCGCUGCCAACGACGACGGCGACGACAACGACGACGACGACAUAGACUGGCUCUUCGCCACCGCCCCGCGCGAACGCAAACGGCCUGCCGCGAGGGAUCUAAAGAAGAUUGCGGCGGCUGAGAACAGUAGAAAGAUUGCGGCAGCCACAACCACGACAGCGACGAAUGGGAGGAGGAAACACGAGUUCAUGUCCGACGAAGACGAUGAUUUUGAUUUGGAUGAUCUGGUGGCGAGGAUUGGUAGUAUCGCUCCGAGUGCGAAGGGUAGGAAAAUUGGGAAGUAG